AUUUCGACUAUCUACAGACACACCUUCUGAAGAUUGUCCUAGGAUGUGCAAGAGCCGGUUUACAAAGAGUAGCAUGAAGGGCUAUCCUUUGGAAGAUAUAUAUGCUGCACUUGGACACACAAAGGUUAUUAACAGUGUGUUGGUGCCAACUGUGGGUGAGGAAAUCAUGCUGGCUCGUAUAAUUGAUGAGGAGCGAGAGUAUCAUUGUGAGGGAAGCACAAGUGAUACUUGGAACCGCUGGCUAAAUGUGAAGCAGAAGAAGAUAUUUUGGAAAGAGCUAUACGACUUAGAUGUUGCUGCACGAGUGUUUAAGAAGAAGAAGGACAAAGAAAAGGUGACGUUUUUAGAAGAUUCGUCUUCUAAAUCUGGGUUGGAGAGCUUGAAAGCUCUGGAAGAAAAGAUUUUGGGGGCCAUGAGUGAAGGAUUUUCUGGUCUUAAAUCAGUGGUGGAGGCAAAGAUGGGUGAUAUGGAUGUGAGGAUGAGUAAAUUUGAAAAGAACCAGCGACAACUUAAAAGAAGGGCUAAGAAAAUAGAAGAAAAGCUGACUUCUAUUGAGAGCAACAAAAAUGAGGAGAGGAACUAUGGUGAAGAUAUGGAUUUUGGAUGGGAUGAUAGAGAUUAUGGUAGAGCUGAAGGGAAGGAAAACAGUGAGAAGGCUAAGGAAGACAAGGAAAACAGUGAGUCUGGCGAGGAAAAGGAUGUGGUCUCGGGUGGGGAAAACAGUAAGGAUGGUGAGAAAGACAAGGGAAACGUGGAGGAAGAAGAAGAGAAGGAGAACGAGGCUGAUAAAACAGAGCUGGGAACUAGAGAAAAAGAUGAGGUCUCUGAAGAAGAUUACGAUACUGAGGAAGAGGCUGAGAAGAGGAGAGUAGAGGCGGAUGCGUUAUGGAAGAGUAUUCUUUCUGAAGAGACUGAGUAUCUAGAGAAAGAGGCUGAGAAAGUUGCCAAGGGAACUCCUACACCACCACGUGGUAGACCGAAGAGAUUGGCCGCGAGAAAAAUAGUACUUACACCACCAGAGGAGUUUUUAAGAGGACCAACGGUAACUGCGCCAUCACCUAUCGAGACUGAAAAAGAGGCUGAGACAGUUAUCGAGGAAGAGGGUGAGGAGAUGGCAGUUGAAGCCGAAGAAAGUGACGAGGAGAGUCUCAAAGAAAAAAAUGCUGAAGAAAUGGUGGAGGAAGAAGAAGGUGUGGAGGAGAGUCCCACCGAGAAAAUAGCUGAAGAAAUGGUGGAGGAAGAAGAAGGUGUGGAGGAGAGUCCCACCGAGAAAAUAGCUGAAGAAAUGGUGGAGGAAGAAGAAGGUGUGGAGGAGAGUCCCACCGAAAAAAUUGCUGAAGAAAUGGUGGAGAAAAAGAAGCUGUGGAGGAGAGUCCCACCGAAAAAAAUGCUGAAGAAAUGGUGGAAGAAGAAGCUGAGGAAGCAGAGGAAGCAGAGGAUGCUAUGGAAGCAGAGGAAGCUGAGGAAGCAGAGGAAGAGGCGGAUAAAGUGGUUGAGAAAGAGGCUGAGACAGUUGUCGAGAAAGAGGGUGAUAAAUACACUGAUGAAGAAAAGCAAAUGUGGGCCUUGGUCGUUUACAAGGCUAGUGAGGAGAUGGCGGAUGGGACCACUGAGGUGAGGAGAGAUGGAACCAAUGAGGUGAGGACAGGGUUCAAGCUUAGGUGCAAACAGAAGAUAAUGAUGUAUGGCAAACCAAGGGGGAAGAAAAAACCUCAGCGGCCCCAGAGUCAAGAAUCAGCACCUGUGAUUGCACGUACGCCAAGGGAGAAGAGAAAACCUCAGCGGCUGCAGAGUCCCUACACGCAGGUGAAGACAGAAGACAUUGACGGGCCUAAGAAGAAGCGUAAAACAAAGGUUAAGUAGGCGUCUGAAAAUUAUUUAUGUAUUUGAAGUCUUUAAAACUUGGUAGGAUGCUUUUGGAUGUAAUAUGCUUUUGGGUGUUUAAACUUGGUUGUGGUAUGCUUUUGGAUGUUUAAACUUGGUUGUAUAAUGUGUUUUGGAUGUUAAAAAACAGGUUUGGAAACUGUUUUCAA